CUUCGCAUGUGCUACGUCAUGGGCCUGGAGAGCACCGAGUUUGCCUUCGAGCAGCCCGAGGUGCUGAAUCUGAUUGAUGCCAAGGACAAAGUGGGCAAAUACGAUCUGCUGCUGGCCGAGCAGUUCUUCAACGAGGGAGCGUUGUUCUUGGGACAUCUGUAUCAGAUUCCCAUCGUCACCAUCGCGACCUUUGGCUUUGCCAACUACCUGAGCCCAUUGGUGGGCGUUAUGACACCCUGGUCGCAUGUGCCACAUGGAUGGAAACCGUACACGCCUCACAUGACACUGCUGGAGCGCAUUGACAGCGUUUAUACUUGUGCCUUGGAGGAUAUCGUUCGGACUAUCUGGCACUAUCCGCAACAGGAUGCGUUGCUGCAAAAGCAUUUUGCUCACAAGUUCGAUUCGGUGCCCAGCAUCAAACAACUGGAACGCAACAUCUCUGCCUUCCUACUGAAUACCUACAUGCCGCUGGAGGCGCCUCGGCCCGUCUCCUUCAACAUGAUCCAGGUGGGUGGACUGCACAUCCAGAAGCCCAAGGCUUUGCCUACCGAUAUGCAAAAGUUCCUAGACGAGUCCAAGCACGGCGUCAUCUACUUCAGUCUGGGUUCUCAGGUCCGCAGCGCAGACUUGCCACCCGAGAAGCUCAAGAUCUUCCUCGAUGUGUUCGGCAGCCUCAAGCAGCGCAUUCUCUGGAAGUUCGAGGAUGAGAAGCUGCCCAAUCUGCCUGCGAAUGUGAUGGUUAAAAGCUGGAUGCCACAGAAUGAUAUUCUCGCCCAUCCAAACGUCAAGGUCUUCAUCGCCCAUGGCGGUCUCUUUGGAACCCAGGAGGCGGUGUAUCACGGCGUGCCUGUGCUCGGGAUGCCCGUCUAUGCCGAUCAGUAUCUGAACAUCAAGAAGGGCCAAGCAGCUGGCUUUGCGCUGGGUGUGGACUAUCGCACCGUGACGGAGCAGGAGCUGCGUCAUUCGCUCACCGAGCUGCUCGAGAAUCCCAAGUACAUGGAUAACAUGAAGCGCGCCUCAAAGAUCUUCCGCAAUCGCCCGCUGGAUGCCAUGGAUGAGGCCAUGUUCUGGAUCGAUUAUGUGAUCGAACAUCGCGGUGCACCGCACUUGGUCUCACCUGGACUGGACUUGCCCUGGUAUCAGUUCUAUCUUCUCGAUAUUAUUGGCCUUGCUUUGGCUCCAAUUCUGUUGCCAAUUCUUGGACUCCGCCUCUUGUGUCGCAAGAGAAAAUCAUCGGCUGUGAAAAGUGCCAAGACAAAGGUGAAACGCAACUAACGAACAUCUCAACUCAAAACGUUUUUUAUUGAUAAACAAAUUUGUAGACUAUGAAUUAAGUUAAUUGUGAAACAAUCAUAAAUAAUUUCUUAUUUUUUUAUAAUUUCCAAUGUAAUACAAAUAAUUUGUUAUGUUAACAUUUUACAAAACCGAAA